AUGCCUGUUGUAACUCCCGACAAGCUGGCUAGCCUGCAAAGGCAUGCCGUGGAUGUGCGCAACAUCUGCAUCCUGGCCCACGUUGAUCAUGGCAAAACAUCACUGACAGACGCCCUUUUGGCAACAAACGGCAUCAUCUCACCCAAACUCGCCGGCAAGAUCCGGUACCUCGACUCUAGACCUGAUGAGCAGCUCCGAGGCAUCACCAUGGAAUCCUCCGCCAUCUCCCUCUACUUCUCCAUGCUGAGGAGAUCCGCACCCGACGCCGAGCCCGAAGCCAAGGAGUACCUCAUCAACCUCAUCGACUCGCCCGGCCACAUUGACUUUAGCAGUGAGGUCUCCACCGCCUCACGCCUGUGCGACGGCGCCGUCGUGCUCGUCGACGCCGUCGAGGGCGUGUGCAGUCAGACCGUGACCGUCCUGCGCCAGACAUGGACCGAGAAGCUCAAACCCUUGCUCGUCAUCAACAAGAUUGACCGACUCAUUACCGAGCUCAAGAUGACGCCUGCCGAGGCCUACACUCAUCUCAGCAAGAUUCUCGAGCAGGUCAACGCCGUGCUGGGAAGUUUCUUCCAGGGCGAGCGCAUGGAGGAGGAUCUCAACUGGCGCGAGCGGAUGGAGGAGCGCGUCCAGGCGGCGGCUGCCAAGGAGGCUGGCCUGGACUCCAUGACCGAGUCUGGAGAGCUUCAAUUUGAAGAGCGCGAUGACGAGGAUCUCUACUUCGCGCCGGAGAAGAACAACGUCAUUUUCAGCAGCGCCAUUGACGGCUGGGCGUUUACAGUGCGCCAAUUUGCCGGCUUAUACCAAAAGAAGCUCGGCAUCAAGAGAGAUGUCAUGGAAAAGGUGCUAUGGGGCAGCUUCUACCUCGACCCCAAGACCAAGAAGAUUCUAGGCCAGAAGCAUCUCAAGGGGAGAAACCUAAAGCCCAUGUUUGUGCAGCUGGUGCUGGAGCCUAUCUGGACCGUCUACCAAGCCACCGUCGGCGGCGACAACAACAGGGGCGACCCAGCGUUGCUGGAGAAGAUUACAAAGUCCCUCGGGCUGACUAUCCCGCCACACAUCAUGCGCUCCCGAGACCCCCGCCUACUCCUGACCACGGUCUUUGCGUCCUGGCUGCCGCUCUCGACGGCCAUGCUGGUUUCCGUCAUCGAGUCCCUGCCAUCACCCCCAGUCGCGCAAGCCGAGAGACUGCCCGAGAUGCUGGAAGACGUCCCCGGCUCAGAUGCUAUCAACGAAGAGAUCAAGAACGCCAUGAUCUCCUUCAAGACCGGCCCUUCGGACCCCGUCGUGGCCUACGUUAGUAAAAUGGUUUCUGUCCCCGAAAGCGAACUCCCCCACAACAAGCGCAAGCCAGGCCAGUUGACCGCCGACGAGGCGAGAGAACUCGCCCGUAAGAAGAGAGCGGAAGCGGCUCGCGCCCAAGCCGCGGCACCUACCAGCGGAAACGGAAUCAACGACCUUACGACGGCGCUCGAGGAGGUCAACCUGGACGGCUACGCUCCUGAGCACGAAGAGAAAGAAGUCGACCCCGAGCACCUCAUCGGCUUCGCCCGCAUGUACUCGGGCACUCUCUCCGUCGGCGACAGCCUCUGGGUCAUCCCUCCCAAAUGGUCUCCCGCCAACCCUAACGCCCAGCCCUCGCCGAAGCAAGUCACCGUCACGGCGCUCUACAUGCUCAUGGGCCGCAACCUCGAGUCCCUAGACUCCGUCCCGGCAGGCGUCGUCUUCGGCAUCGGUGGCCUCGAGGGCCACCUCCUCAAGAACGGCACCCUCUGCAGCCGCCUCGACGGCGCCGUCAACCUCGCCGGCGUGGCAGGUACAUUGGGCAAACCCAUCGUCCGCGUCGCCCUCGAGCCCGUCAACCCGGCCGAUCUCGACAAGAUGAUCCACGGCCUCCGCCUCCUCGUCCAGUCCGACCCCUGCGCAGAGUACGAGCAGUUCAGCAGCGGCGAGCACGUCCUUCUCACCGCCGGCGAGCUGCACCUCGAGCGCUGCCUCACGGAUCUCAAGGAGCGCUUCGCCCGCUGCGACAUCCAGGCCGGCGCCCCCAUCGUGCCCUACCGCGAAACCAUUGUCCGCGCCGAGGAGAUGCGGCCCCCCGCGAAUGAGGACCUCGGCCGCGGCGUCGUCGUCGGCACCACCUCGUCCAAGCAGGUCUCCAUCCGUCUCCAGGUCCGUCCUCUGCCGUCCGACGCCACGGACUUCCUCCUCAAGAACGGCGACGUCAUCAAACGCAUGUACUCUGAUCGCACACCCGCCACCAACAACACCACGGCCGAAGAAACCCAGGGUACUGAAGGCACAGGCGCCACCGCCGCCGGCGAAGAAAAGAUCGAUGUCGACACAGACCUGACAGCCGCAAAGACAAUGUCCCUCGACGACUUCAAAACCGGCCUCCAAUCCGCCCUCGAAUCCUCCCGCGGCGGCCGCGAACACUUCAAAUCCGCCAUCGACCGCAUCGCCGCCUUUGGCCCCCGCCGCACCGGCCCCAACAUCCUCAUCGACGCCACAAAAGAAGGCCUCCUCGCAAAGCUCUUCUCCCAGACGGCCUCCUCGGAACGCGACGGCUCAGCAGCACCCCAAGCAGACGAAGCCCUCCACCCGGCCCACGUAGCCGACAAAAUCCCCUACGCCUUCCAGCUCGCCACGGCCCAGGGCCCCCUCUGCCACGAACCCGUCCGCGGCAUCGCCGUCUUCCUCGAAGACGUCGUCAUCAACCCCACCGAAGACGAAUCCUCCGCCCGCGACCGCCUCCCCCGCCUGACGGGCGAAAUCAUAAAGACCUUCACGUCCUCCCUCCGCUCCGGCAUGCUCGACUGGUCCCCGCGCCUGAUGCUCGCAAUGUACACCGUCGAAAUCCAAGCCUCGACGGAGGUCCUGGGCCGCGUCUACGACGUGCUCACCCGCCGCCGCGGGCGCGUCCUCUCCGAGGCGAUGAAGGAAGGCACGCCCUUCUUCAGCAUCAACUCUGUGCUACCGGUGGCCGAGUCGUUUGGCUUCGCGGACGAGAUGCGGAAACGUACGUCGGGCGCGGCGCAGCCGCAGCUUAUUUUCGCGGGGUACGAGGUGCUUGACCAAGAUCCCUUUUGGGUGCCGUUUACGGAAGACGAUUUGGAGGAUUUGGGCGAGUUGGCGGAUAAGGAGAAUGUGGCCAAGAGGUAUAUGGAUGGCGUGAGGAGGAAGAAGGGGUUGUUGGUUGAGGGUAGGAACGUUGCUAGGGAUGCGGAGAAGCAGAAGACUCUCAAGAGGUAG